AUGAAAUUGUCUAUUCUUGUUAAGGCAAUGAAAAGAAACAAUGGAUUUAGAUAUGAUUAUUGCAUUGCAGAAUGUUCAGAACAUUUUUUAGAUGAUGUAUGCAAGCCAGUGUGUAUAGACAAGGGGUACUCGGAUGGAGGAUGUAUUGGUUUAGCACCAAAUUUUAAAUGUUGUUGUAAGAAAUGA